AUGACGUUUCAGACCUCCUGCAAUACAAGCAGUGACGAGAACGGAACAAAUGGCAUUUACAUUACCGACGAAAACAGCUUCUACAACAAGUACCUUCCAGCUUUUAAUUCCUCAUCCAAAUACAUGAGAAUUGUGAUGUACCUUUUGGGAUACCCGGGUAACAUUUUGACUUUUCUGGUUUGGAUAAGGAAGCCAAUGCUUCAAAGUUCCGGCGUAUAUCUAGCCACUUUGGCGGUGUCAGAUCUGCUUUUUCUGUCGUUGGACUUACCGUACAGCCUUCAUACAGAGUGGAGUGUGUAUGUUCUCAAUGUUCCUGUCAUUUGCGAAGGAUUUACGGUCUUAUAUCUAGCAGCCCAGUACAUGUCGCCAUUAUUAACGCUUGCGUUCACGACAGAGCGAUACAUUGCAAUAAAAUUUCCAUUGCGUAGACGGCUGUAUUGUACUGUAAAGAGAGCCGUUUGUACGAGUUAUUGCAUCGCGCUAACGAGUUUGGGUCUUUGUGGAAUUCAAGGAUACUUCUGGUCCUACGACAGCACAAUAGGUCAGUGCAUAAGAGCAAAUAACACUGACGAGUUAUGGGAAAAAUGGACAUGGGGAACAGAAAUGUUAAUGUUCCUAUGUGUGCCCCUCCUUAUAUUGCUUCUCAAUAUACUUGUUAUUUGUGAAAUUCAGAAGUCAAGAAAAGUGGCGUUGACAUUGAACAGGAUUUUAUUCAGAACAAACGCCACGACCACGAUGUUGCUCGCAGUGUCAUUCUUUCUAAUACUAACAACCCUUCCAGUGUCAAUCGUGUACGCGUUGUAUGAUUAUUUUCCGCCCGGAAAUCUAAAACAUCUGACAUCUAUUGAAACGGAUAACAACUGGCAAGUUCAUUUCCAAUAUUAUCGUGCAAGGACAGUAAUAUACAACAUUGGACUAACUCAUUUCUUUAUGAAUUUCUAUAUCUACCUCUUUGCAGGAGAAAGGUUUCGCAAGGAGGUUCUAAAUGUAGUAAAAUGUAAGAGGUCUCGUUCGGCUAUAAACAGAUACAGAUCCGAAACGACGAAGAUGGAGUCAUUUUACAGCAAUGAUGCUGUCUGAUGAUGUUUGUUUAAGAUGCCGAGA